UACUGGCCAUUGAUCAACACACAUUCCUCGGUGUUAGAACGAGACAGUCCUCGGCUUCCCUGCAAGUCUAAACGCCAUGCACAUCAGACCCAUGAAUCCAAACCCUCUUGUUUGUUGAUGGGACUGGCCGACGACUGGCUGCCACCAAUCACGAGUCACUAGGCGCGGUAUCUUUGCUACCUUUGCUAAAUGCCCCAAGCGUCCCGCCUGGAUUUACGGCAGGUCGACCUGGUCUCCAAGUGAUUCAAGUCGAAGAUGGAUAUCAAGCCCAUUCCCGCGUUUUACUGCUGCUAUCUCCUCCGCUCCACCGUGCGGCACUCUAGCCUCUACAUCGGUUCCUCACCAGACCCAGCACGUCGGCUGGCUCAGCACAAUGGUCGAGUCCAAGGCGGGGCCGUGCGCACUUCUCGGGCAAGUCUUCGUCCCUGGGAAAUGGCCUGUAUCGUCGCCGGGUUCCCCUCCAACAUUGCAGCUUUGCAGUUUGAGUGGGCAUGGCACAAUGCACAUUUAACACGCCAUAUUUCCCCAGAGCAGCGCCUCUCCUUUGCCACCACCCGAACCAAGACCUCUAGGACGGGGAAAGUCACCAAACGACCAGGGCGGCCCAGAACUUCUUUGAUUGACAAGUUAUCAAAUCUCCACCUGCUGCUGCGAGCGCCCUAUUUCUCCAAAUGGCCACUUGAAGUCCGCUUCUUCAGUGAGGAUGUGUACCGUUCGUGGUCAACCUGGUGCGGACGCGUCGAUACUCAAAUCAGACCGGGAAUCAGUGUGCACUUUGACCCGGCAGAACCGAAGCCCCAACAGCCGGAAGAGGUGGAGUUCACCUCUGCUCAGCCUCGGCCGAAUCAGAGGAAGAGAAAGGCUGAUUUGAUCGGGAAGGGCGGUGUUGAAGGCGUCGAUUCAACAUACGCCCGGCUGAAAGGCGUCUUUGAAAAGAGUCGAUUUCUUCUCGAUGAAGAUGAUACUCGGAAUUGUUCUGUAUGUGCAGAGACGAUCGAUCUCCGUAAGAGCAUCUUCGUCAUUUGUCACACGCACAACUGUCAGAGCAUGUCCCAUGUUAGAUGUCUAGCCGACGAAUCUCUGAAGAAAACACAGUCAGCCUCGCCAGUCGUCCCAGAAACUGCAACGUGUCCAAGCUGUCGACAGGAGCAUGCUUGGCUGGAAUUAAUGCAGCAGGUCACCCUUCGAAAUAGAGGUAUAAAGGAGGUUCAAAGGCUCAUGGGCAAGAAGGGUAAGAGCUCGGCGACGGCAGCAGAGAUAAUGGAGACCGAGAGCGAAGAAGAAGUCGAUCUGUCGGAAAGUGAAGAAGAAGAGCUCACCGCAAAAAGAGUAGUGGAUGAGGAGGCUGAGCUGAGCCUUGGCGAUGGUGAUGAGGAAGACAGGAUGUCCCUUGCAUCCGCAGAUUCCUUCACAAGCGUGGCGUCCAAUGCGUCGAGUGGGCUGACGGUUAGGCCUUCCGCUGGCGCAGAUGGCACUAGGAGACUCCAAAUAGUCAUUGAAGAUAGCGAAGAUGAAGGAUAA